AACCUCUGUUUGUUGGAAAAGUUAAUAUUUACAGUGACAGAAAAAAACACCUCACUAGCAUUUUCACAUAGUAAAGGGUGUAUGGCGUAGACUCACACCAUCGACUCUUGGUGAAAAAUACUUUCUGUGCUCCCACACCUAGUCCAUUUUGAUCGACUCUUCUCAGUAGCUUCAAUACAAACCGGAGGUUAAGAGACAAAACACGGAAGUGCAGAGUGUUGAAAAGAGGCAGGGCUAAAUAAGGUAAAUAAGGAUUAUAAUAAUGAACUUCAUUUUUGUCCUCCCAAUGAUUCAGAAUAUGUGACUUUUGGAAACUACAUGAAUAUGCCUUUGCCACUGACUCGAACACCACACUGUUACCAUCUGCAUACACAGACUAGUAGUGUACUACUUUCUGUAUUCAUGUUGAUUUUAAUUUUUCCCUCCUUGCCUUUUUCUUGUUUAUAGUGUACGUUCUGUUAUGCCAUGUGAUUUUAAAAUAAUAGUAAUAAUAAUUAUUAUUAUUCGUUCACCAUUAUCAUUUAGCUUCAGAAGACAUUAAAUAAAUGACUUGAGUAAUAUGGAUUACUUUUAUGCUGCCUCUAUGUUCUUUUCGGAGCUUGAAAGCUUUGCACCCCAUUGACUUCAUCAUGCAUCCUUUAAGAAAUCUUCAUUUGUGUUCCGCAGAUGAAAGUAAUUUGAGUUUUAGAUGCAUGAGUAAAUGAUGAGAGAAUUAUCAUUUUUGUGUGAAUUAUUUCUUUAAGUUGGGACAUGAGAAAUAAUUUUAACAUGAAAACAAUUACACACAUCAGCUCCGCAUAAUAUGUGACUAUUGUGACAAAGUUUGGUAAAGGAAAAUAUGUCACCUCUGUCCUCUUAGACAUAUCAUUUAUCUGAUAUGUCUUAUCAGGUAUAAACAAAAGGUUAAAGACAGUAUCUUAAACUUCUGAUCAUCAAAAUCAACAGUCUCAUUAUCAUCAUUUUAUUAUUUGACCCUGAAUCCCAUACAUAUUACAUUACCUUUUACAUAUUAGAUUAUUUUUCCAAACCUAAACAUGUAACCUUUCCCAAGUGACCAUAGCUUAUACUUUAAUGACUGAUUGAACAAUUAAAAUUGCUGAGUCAUUGGACAUCUCAUUGGACAGCAAUAUUGAUUAAUUCCCCUGUCCAGGAUGUCAAAACAUGUAUAAAGUCCCUCUAUCAGUUAUUACAAUUAUGAAUAGAGUUGCGGUGCAGUUGAUAGUGUAUAUAUUCAGAACAUAUAAGAACUGAUGACUCAUAGGGACCCAGGUUUGAGUCCACCCUGGGCCAUGAUCCAAUCCCAUUCCCAUUCUUUUGCCCCUACUUUCCUGUCUGCACUCCAUUUUCCUUUAAGAAUUAAGACAAAAAGAAAACAUUCAAGGAUAUGUUUGACUACUUAGUGAGCGUCCCCAUAUGUAUUUGAGGAUUGGUUUACAACACAACAAAAGUAGCCCUUAAAUCAACAUGUCACUGCAUUGCACAGACGUCUUAAAUAAAAUUUUCCACAAGAUAAGCCAAAGAGCAAACAUAGCACUAUGGUAGGCUGGAAGAACGAGUGGUGAGGGCUCAGUCACUGGCACUAUUACGAAGGUCAACGUUGUUAAAAAUGAACUUGCAAGGCAUACACUCAAAAGGUGCACCUUGUUACUCAUUUGCUCAUGGUGCAGAGAACAACCCCAUCUGAGGAAAACAUCUCAUAAAAUGUAAAAAUAAUUCUAAAUUAUUAAGCCAACAAGCCAAUACAACUCUGGAACUCAUAAGAGCUCCUACACAACAGUUGUGCUCAAUCCAUCAAGAUCAUACGUAUCUCUUGAGUGCACUCUGUUCAAAACAUUAUAGCUAGUGAGCCAACUGUGAGAGGAGUGGCAGUCUAAUCCGGCGGACAGAGACUGUCUGUUCAACAUAAGACACAUUCUGGAAAACUCUUUCCAUCUUUCCUUUUUCAGCCAUGGUGUUAACUGCAAUUCUCGAGAUUGUUGAUCUAAAAGGAGUAUUAAUCUUCGUGGUCGCCUUUCUCUUGGUGGCGGACUUCCUAAAGAACAGAAACCCAUCAAAUUACCCACCAAGCCCUUUCUCUCUUCCACUCGUAGGCAACAUUUUUCACAUGGAUUCCAAAGAGCCACAUAUAUAUCUGACAAAGCUUGGUCAUGCUUACAACAAUAUCUUCAGUCUGCGUCUAGGAAGAGACAAAGUGGUUAUUCUAACUGGUUAUAAAAUGGUGAAGGAGGCCCUGGUGACUCAAGCUGAAAACUUUGUGGAUCGGCCCUACAGUCCAUUGCAAGCACGAGCCUAUUCAGGCAAUGCUGGACUCUUCUUCAGCAAUGGUCAGAUGUGGAAGAAGCAGAGACGGUUUGCUCUGUCCACACUGAGGAACUUUGGCUUGGGAAAGAAAACCAUGGAGCGAGCCAUCUGUGAAGAGAGCAGCUUCCUAUUAGAUGAGAUGGAUAGACAGAAAGGAGCUGCUUUUGACCCAACUAUCCUGUUCAACAAUGCUGUUUCCAAUAUCAUCUGCCAAAUGGUUUUUGGCCAGAGAUUUGAAUAUACCGACCACUGCUUCAAGUUAAUGCUUAAAUACAUAUCUAAAUGCAUUCAGUUAGAGGGAUCCAUAUGGGGACAGCUCUACGAAGCAUUUCCAGCCAUUAUGAACCAUCUACCAGGCAGACACAAUGACAUCUUCAAUACCUACAAAUUAUUGAGUGCCUUCAUGAAAGAGGCUGUGGAUAAACAUAAGGCAGAUCUAGACCCCUUAGAGCCGCACGACUACAUCGACAGCUUCCUAAUUGAGAUGAUGGAGAAGCCACAUGACCCAACAGAUGGUUUUGAUGAGCAGAACCUGGUUGCAUGUGCAUUAGACCUGUUUCUGGCUGGGACAGAAACUACAUCAACUUCAUUAUCCUGGAGUCUCAUCUAUCUCAUCACCAACCCAGAAAUACAGGAGAAGGUCCAGGAAGAGAUAGAUAGAGUGAUCGGACAGUUACGGGAACCAAGUAUAGCCGACAGGGCCAACAUGCCCUACACUGACGCUGUGAUCCACGAGAUCCUGAGAUUAGGAGAUAUUGUCCCACUGAAUGGCUUGCGGGUGGCUGAGAAAGACACAACUCUUGGAGAAUGUUUCAUCCCAAAGGGUACAGCAGUGUUACCCAUAUUGCACUCUGUUCUGUUUGAUGAGAAUGAGUGGGAAACACCGAACAAAUUCAACCCUGAGCAUUUUCUAGAUAAAGAGGGCAAGUUUGUAAGGCGGGAGGCAUUCAUGCCGUUUUCGGCAGGAAAGAGGGUGUGUCUUGGGGAGCAGCUUGCCAGAAUGGAAUUCUUCCUGUUCUUUGUCAGUUUGUUCCGAAAAUUCUGCUUCUCUGCAGGAGAUGGCGAGAAGCUCAACCUUGAUGGUGUGAUAGGAGUCACACGAACCCCACACCCCUUUAAGAUCCAUGCAAUGGCACGGUGAACAAACCAAACUCACUAAAGGACUUCUAAUAUACCAAUAAGUAAUUUCAAUAAAAUUAUAAACUAAACUGUUUCAACUGAUAUGACAAUGCAUCUCUCAGGAAAUAAAUCAAUUGAAGUUUUUCUGUGCUUUUGAUAAUGAACUGUUAUGCAGCCAAAUGUUCAGCAGAUCUCAAUGGACUUCUUGUUUGAUUAAUGGGAUUUUGACCCAAAUGAGAGUGCUCCUACCGAAAACAGAACCUUUGGUUCUAGAUCUACUUAGUCAUGUCAUUCUGUGAAAACAAAUAGAGCCCAUGUGCAUAGUCAUAAUUACACCAUAAAAGAAAGUAAAGUUCACCACUGAGAAGUAACACAUUCCUACAUGUACCUGUUGGUAUUUAUUGCAUCAGAUAAUGUGGACAGGGGAUGAAGUUCAAGUUUGUAAAACCUAAGAAAUGUAUAUUUUCAUGUGUAUAAUGUAAUAUGUAAUGCAUAGCAUGAAGUAGUAUCAGUGAGAAAGCAUAGUCAAGUUUUGUCAUGUCAUUAAAAAUUAUAUAUCAAUAUUAUGUUACAAUUUGCUCAGCUGUUGAACUACAGGUUCAAGGCUUAGGUAAUAUUUAGACUUUGCUGUGCAAAUAUAUUAGCACCAUUUCAGACUGAUCAUUAAAAAUAAGUGUGCUCUUCAUGUGAAAUUGAAUGCAAAUAUUCCAAAUAUAAUAAAAAGAUGAAUUUGUAAUACUCAUAAUUCCCCACAAACACAGACAUGGUAAAUAAUACAUACAAUUAAAAAGAGAAACAUGCUACCUAAUCACAAAUAGUGGUGCCAAUGUUAAAACUUUACUUCACAUGCUUAACUUUGUCCAUUGAUAUUCUUUAUGCUCAUUUGUCCUUAAAAUGCUCGAUGUGGUAUUCAAGAAUAUCUGAAAACUAGUCUGAAGUUUAAACGUUUGGAGAUCUCUGAGGAAACCAUUGCAGGGUGUGUCUGUUUUUGCUGACUGGAAAGCAAAGGUUAAGCAGAGUUUAUCUCCGAUCUCUGACCCAAAAAAAAAAAACAAAAAAAACAUUUAUCCUAAUAAGACUUUUUCACUCUGGAUUAUAUAACCAUGACGUGUGUUUUUUAGUGCCUGUUUAAGAUUAAUUUGUU